UGGGAAUACGGUGUCUAUGGCAACCGCAAGCAUAGCCUUCUGAUAGCUGGAUUUUCCGGCCGGUAGAUCUGCAAAUUAGCUGCAAACCAUACCAUGAAUAAUAAAGGCGCAGGUGCUGAAGUUUAUAAAAUAUCAUUUAUAUUUCCAAAUCAAGAUAAGUACGAUGGUGAAUGUACAAGAACCCUUGAGGGAAGUCUUGAAAGAAAUGGACAUGGAGUACAUACCACACCCAAUGGAAUUAUAUAUAGAGGAAACUGGGAGAAUGAUAAGAUGAAUGGUUUAGGAAGGCUAGAGCAUCCAUCAGGUGCCAUUUAUGAAGGUGAAUUCAAAGACAACAUGUUUCAUGGAAUAGGAACUUACAUAUUUCCUAAUGGAGCAAAGUACACCGGUCAGUUCAAUGAAAACAAGUUGGAAGGGCAGGGAGAAUUUACAGACACACAAGGCCUGGAGUGGGAUGGUAAAUUUCAUUACACAGCAGCACCAGGGCUAAAGCUCAAGCUGGAAAUGUAGAAUAUUUUAGAGUGGAGAACAGACACGGAAUUCUUGUUUUAUCGAGUCAAAGCUUUUCUACAACAAAUAUUCCUUAACCACCACUGUUGUUGUUUUAAGCAAGGUACCAGAUAAACUAAGCACUGGGUCAUUUUGAAUUUGAGAUUCAGAAUGCUAAACCCUUUGAUUCCCCCCUCUUAACUUUAAUUCUAAAACUCAAAUAAAUCAACACACAACAGCUGCAAUGUAAUGCUAAUUCUAAAAAUAUGUGCAAGAAAAAGUUUUAACUUACAGUAAUUUAUACUUGAAAAUAUCAAGAUUAUGAUCAAUACUGACAGCUGAUAUCUAUGAGGAAAAAGAGGGUGGACAUCAAGAUAGAAUGUAAACAAACCAAUAAAUGAUAUUUUGAUGAUCUGUCUGCUUGUGAUUCCAUCAUCUACUUAAUUAAUAAAUGAGAACUCAGCUUC